CAUUUAUCUUUGCGUUUGUGCAGGAACACAAAUCAUUAUUUUCAUUUCAAUCCUGAACGGCAGUCAAAUUUUCAUUUUUUUAUUUUAUUCUUGAUUACAGUUAUAAUUGAAGAGACAAGUGAAUUUUGCUCACAAUCUGAGGUUCCAGUUUUCCAGUUGUCCUCUCUUAUCCCUUUUUUAUUUUAUUUUAUUUUAAUGCAAAUGGCAAUGUAUCCUGACAAUCCAUUUGAAGAUGACGGAUUGAAGAAACAGCCCGAUGAAAAGGUAGCUGAACAGCCAUCAGUCAAGGAGAAUCAAAAAACUGAGACAGAGAAACACAUGAAAAAUGGUAACAAUAAUCAUGUCGAGGAUAGUGAUGAUGGAGAUGAUAAGUUAAAUGCGGUUGAAUCUUCCCCGGAUGGACGAUUCCUGAAAUUUGAACAAAUUGGUCGAGGUUCCUUUAAAACAGUUUAUAAGGGUUUGGACACCCAAACUGGGGCUGCGGUAGCCUGGUGUGAGCUUCAAGAAAGACUAUCCAAAUGUGAAAGACAAAGAUUUCGUGAGGAAGUUGAAAUGCUCAAAGGUCUACAGCAUUUCAAUAUAGUGAGAUUUUAUGAUUAUAUAGAGGUUAAUUCGCCAAACCGAAAGUGUCUAGUCUUAAUAACGGAAUUGAUGACUUCCGGUACCCUUAAAACAUACUUAAAACGUUUUAAAAAGAUCAACAUCAAAGUGCUAAAAUCUUGGUGUCGUCAAAUAUUAAAAGGGUUAAACUUUUUACAUUCUAGGACUCCACCGAUUAUCCAUAGAGAUCUUAAAUGUGACAAUAUAUUUAUUACGGGCACCAAUGGUUCCGUUAAAAUUGGUGAUCUUGGACUUGCCACCUUGAAAAAUCGUUCAUUUGCCAAAAGCGUUAUUGGUACGCCGGAAUUUAUGGCACCAGAAAUGUAUGAAGAACAUUAUGAUGAAUCAGUUGAUGUUUAUGCUUUCGGUAUGUGUAUGCUCGAGAUGGCAACCGGAGAAUAUCCAUAUUCUGAGUGUUCUGGGCCAGCUCAAAUUUACAAAAAGGUUACUUCCGGAGUGCCACCAGCAAGUUUCGACAAAGUCGAAAAUCAAGAAAUACGUGAUAUAAUUGGAAUGUGCAUUAGGCUGGAUAAAACUGAACGGCCCACCGUCAAGGAGCUUCUCCAAAUGGACUUUUUUCAAGAAAAUACCGGAUUUAAAGUUGAAUUUGUGAAUGAAGAAGAAAACAUCAACAGUACUAGUAACAAGAUUGAAUUCCGAUUGAUUGUUACUGAUCCUAAAAAAAGGAAAGAUAAAUACAAGGAAAAUGAAGCUAUCCAAUUUUACUUUGAGAUCGAUAAAGACAACGCUGAUGAAGUUGCUUUAGCUUUGGUGGCUACAGGUUUCUUGAUGGAAGAAGAUGUUCGAACAGUUGCUCUUUUAAUUCGUAAUCAAAUUAGCUUGUUACUCCGCAAUCGACAGCAAAAAUUAAAUAAAGCCAUGCAAGAAGCUGCCAAAGAAGCUCAAGAGACGCAAAAUGCUCAGGAUACCCAAGUAUGUUUUCAACAACUAGUUCAACAGCAACAACAAAUGCAACAUCAACAACAGCAUUUAGAAAAUUUGAAACAAGAACUGCAAAAGUUAACAACCUCAUCGUCCUCGCACAAUAAUACAAAUACUAGUGAUAAUAAUACAUCUAAUACAAAUAAUAGCAUAAACAAUAAUGUCAACUGUAAUACCAACUGUAAUGUUAACUCUAAUAUAGCUAGUAAUGUUAACAAUACCGUUACCAAUAAUGUUAACAACAAUACUACCAACGAUAAUGUGACCAAUGGAGUGGUGCAUUCAAAUCAUGACUCUAAUGAUUUACAAGAGUCCCAAAUUGUUAAUAAUAAAUUAGUUAAUGGUAAACUGAAAGACGCAGAAACCCAAACUGAAUCCAAAUUAUCAACAACUGAUGUUGGAGUAAAUACUAAUCCAGUAGUGAUCAUGGGAGAUAUUGGCAAAUGAAAUGAUAUGAUGUACACACGCACAUUCAACUCGACAUAAAAAGGAGUACAUCAACCAUAAUAUCUCAACAAAUACACACUUGAAUUCACAAGGCUCACUAUCAUGUUCAUGUUCUACAUUCAGUUUCAAUACUAAAAAAGCAAGCGGAAAUAACCAUGUAAAAUUGGUUGUAAAUUCAAUUUUUAAUCCUUUAAUGGCUGUGGUAUAAUAUACAAUUUGUAUCAACUCAAUGGAAUCGAGUAAAAAUGGAAACAAAUGGAAAGAAAAGAGCUAACUUUAUCAAUUUUUUUUCAAAGAAAAAAAACAAAAACAUUACAUUAGUUAAUUAACAUGAGAAAUCCUAGAAAUCAUUUGCUAUCUGCUAAGAAGAAAAAUUUUGAUUCUCUUUUUCACUGUCUUUUUUCCCUUUUCCCUUCUCUUCUUUACUUCAUCUCUUUCUAGUUCUUCCUCUUGUACCAUUUUCCACUUUUUUCCUAUUUCUCUUUGUUUAUCAUGUGAAACUUUUAAAGAAUGAAGAGAGAACAAAAUCCAACCAUAACAUAAAAAAAUAUCAACACUUUUUAUAUAUACUUUGCAUGCCUUUUUUGCUCGAAACAACAAAAAAGCAACAAUUCGAAGGGAAACCAAACCUUGCAAAAAAUAUCCAUUGUUUAUGAACAAAAAAACUAGUUAAAAAUCACUCACUAUGAGAGUCAGAGAUGCAAAAUUAAACAGAUUCAAUCUGUUUUGAUAAAAUAACCUUUUUGAAAAGCAAAAUUUUAAUUUCUUUCUUUUACCUAUUCUUUUCUUUUGUAGAUUAUCUCAAUUACAAUAUCGUUGGACUCCAAUUGUACUACUAUUAGUUCAGGGUUAAAAAUGAAAAUUAAUGAUAAUUAACUUUUGGUUAACCAACAAUUUUGUUAAUAUCUGUUCAUAUUAUAAUACAGUUUAUAGUUAACCAAGCUGAGAGAGAGUAAAAAAGCAAAAUGC